UAUAGCCUACCCGGCCCCCGGGACUGGAACCCGGCCCGCUCCGGAGCCGCCGCGCUGAGACUCUGUGCAGCGCCCGCGUCCCACCGCGUCCCGCCGCCCGCACCUGUCGCCCAGCGAGCCGCAACCGGGCCCCAGCAUGACGGACCAGGCGGCCUUCGACACCAAUAUCGUCACCCUGACCCGCUUCGUCAUGGAAGAGGGCAGGAAGGCCCGCGGCACGGGCGAGAUGACCCAACUGCUCAACUCGCUGUGCACCGCGGUCAAAGCCAUCUCCACGGCCGUGCGCAAGGCGGGCAUCGCGCACCUCUAUGGAAUUGCUGGCUCUACCAAUGUGACGGGAGAUCAAGUGAAGAAGCUGGAUGUCCUCUCCAAUGACCUGGUUGUUAAUGUGUUAAAGUCAUCUUUUGCUACCUGUGUUCUUGUUUCAGAAGAAGAUAAACAUGCCAUAAUAGUAGAACCUGAGAAAAGGGGUAAAUAUGUGGUCUGUUUUGAUCCCCUUGAUGGAUCAUCCAACAUUGACUGCCUUGUGUCCAUUGGAACCAUCUUUGGCAUCUACAGAAAGAUUUCAAAAGAUGACCCUUCUGAGAAGGACGCUCUGCAGCCAGGCCGGAACCUGGUGGCUGCUGGCUAUGCGCUCUAUGGCAGUGCCACCAUGUUGGUCCUGGCCAUGGCGAAUGGAGUCAACUGCUUCAUGCUGGACCCGGCCAUUGGAGAGUUCAUCUUGGUGGACAGGGAUGUGAAGAUCAAAAAGAAAGGGAGCAUCUACAGCCUCAAUGAGGGCUAUGCAAAGGACUUUGAUCCUGCCCUCACCGAGUAUGUCCAGAGGAAGAAGUUCCCCCCAGACAACUCAGCCCCCUAUGGAGCCAGGUACGUGGGCUCCAUGGUAGCCGAUGUACACCGCACCCUAGUCUACGGAGGGAUCUUUAUGUAUCCAGCUAACAAGAAAAGCCCCAAUGGAAAGCUGAGACUACUGUAUGAGUGUAACCCCAUGGCCUAUGUCAUAGAGAAGGCAGGAGGAAUGGCUACCACCGGGAAGGAAGCUGUGCUGGACAUCAUUCCCACUGACAUCCAUCAGAGGGCGCCCAUCAUCUUGGGGUCUCCUGAAGAUGUGACUGAGUUCCUGGAGAUAAAUAAGAAGCACGCUGCCAAAUGAAGAGCGGGCCUUGCCCACACCAAAUGGAAUUGCCUUUUAUUUGGACCUUUUAUCUCACAUAGUGUUACCACAUUCCAACUGUUCACCAUACAUUCCUAGUCAUAGAAGUAAAAAGUAUAACUGUUUUCACCAUCAAAUGCUCUGUAAUGCACUACCUAACCAAAAUGCUAAAUCAAUAAUGCUACAGAUGGUCAAGAUAUAUUCUGAGUGGACAGAGAAGAAAUAAACAUAUUCUUCCUUUUUCUUAAAAAAA